AUAAAAAUCAUUUUUGUUCUACAUUGAUAGUACAAGAGCGUGUCAUCAUUGUGUCGUAUAAUUGUAUCGAUAUUUGAUUCGCAUCGACGUUCGAAGCUUGUGAAGAUCGUCGGUAAAAGCGAAGGUGGAAACGUGUGGAAUCGGAACGCACCCCCACAGAAGAAAAACGAAACAAAACGCAGUACAAGAUGGCUGCGUUUGGGUCAUUUGGGUGUUGUGGCUACUGAUUUGUGUGAGAUAUCUCCGUCUGCCAUAAAUCUCCAAUGGUUAAUUGAUAGUGAAUCGUUCGAUCUCUGUUGCUCGUUUCGUCGUAAGUGCAUAACGGCUAGUUCGUGCGUAACAAGUGCUCGUGGAAGAGCGGGUCGCGUCGGAUGAAACAAUGCGAGCAGCACAUCGCUGAAACAUUAUCUGGCUAUCGCGGUUCAGGGGGUGGAUGAUAGGAAUUUACUGAAAAUCCAAGAUAGAAGCCACUCGAAACGCUGGAGAAAGACGGUGGAGCUUCGGAGGAGGAGGAGAUGUCUGCCGGCACCCAGGGCGAGAUUCGGGUUGGCCCUUCCCACCAGGUUUGCCAUACACCUUGCAAAAUUAUUUUGCUACUUAGCUAUAUUCGCACAAUGUACCUAACUCAAGGCUUGUUCCCCUCGAACGUGCAUCUAAGUAAACUUAUCGGUAAGGCCAUAGUUGUUCAUCGACGAAAUGUGUACAGAGGAUGAUUGUGACAUCAUACUUUUCACAAUACCUCAUUUUUCCCACCUUAGGUUUUAAGCAACUUUGUACAGAGCAAAGAUGUUUGAAACUGUACUGUUAACAACGCGCAUAUUAUACGUAGAGUAGAAUAGUUAUUCAUGUUUCGAGACAAACGAGGGUAUACUUGAGCAGUAUUACUUCCCUUCAUUUAAAAACUGUAAUGUCGUUCAGUGUAGUUAUCAGAACGUGCAUGAGGAGUGUACUUAGCUACGGAUUCAUCGAAAUACCUGUGCUCUUAUUGCUUGAAUUCACGUUCUCUGAGAUUUCAUAUAAAUCGUGUACAAUGUCCAUUUUGUAUUUAAACGAACAUCAAAUGGCACGAAUACCUUGUCUGUUACCUAUUUUGUACAGCUGUAUUGUACGUCGAUGGUUCAAAUAACAAUGAUAGUUAUUCUUUAACUGGUAAUGAUAAUAUUUUACUUGAUUAACAGUACAGCCCAACACUCAAGUACUAUACCUCGGAUUACUGUUAUCGAUGAGCGACCCUAAAUAUGAUGAAAGUUAUUAUGAGAUUAAGCAUUUUGGCAGGACAAUAUUGUAUAAGCGUUUGGAUGUAACUUUAUACUGUUAGUGGUUUUCGGUCACGGUGGAGUUGUUCGAUCAUUUUACCAUCUAUCUAAUAACCCAUUGGUUACUUGAACCAUCUAUGAUGCUGGACUUACAAAUAUUUGUUCGUCAGAUAAUUGUUUUUCAUUCAUCGAUAACGAUCAACCGUGAAUGUGCUUUUUUCUGUUUUCCGUGCAAUAUUAACUCGUAACAUUAAUUAUGAUUAAACACGACUAAACGCUGCAAGUGUCAUCUUCGCACUCUCGAUACAUCACUGUUUCGUAAUCGUCUGGUUUCUCAUGCUACCUGUAUAUGUUUAUGAUCAUUAGUUUGUGUAAAGAAAAGAAUGUAAAAGAAAAGUACUCACGCUGCUUCUCGUACCAGUAUCGUAACAAAACGGGAACAGAAUGGAAAAAAAUUAUAUCGGCUCGUGUAUACAUAUAGAGAAAGCAAGCCGGAGUAUAGGCCCGUUUGCCUGAGUAUCGGCCGGGUAUACCUCCCGGAGAGCUGCUUCCUGAUCCAGAGUUUUCUAAAGAACGCGAGGAGCUAAGAUGGAUUCCAGCCAUGGCAUUGGACGGGGACCUUCUGAUGUACUUGAGGGCAGCUCGCUCGAUGGCUGCGUUCGCCGGUAUGUGUGAUGGAGGAUCCCCGGAUGACGGUUGCGUGGCUGCAUCCCGUGACGACACGACUAUCAAUGCUUUGGACAUCCUGCAUGACUCUGGCUAUGACCCAGGAAGAGCUUUGCAGGCCCUGGUUAAGUGUCCCGUACCCAAAGGCAUUGAUAAAAAAUGGUCCGAGGAGGAAACUAAACGGUUCGUCAAAGGACUCCGCCAGUUUGGAAAGAAUUUCUCGAGAAUCAGAAAGGAUCUGUUACCUCAUAAAGACACGCCGGAAUUGGUGGAGUUCUAUUAUUUAUGGAAGAAGACACCGGGAGCGAAUAACAAUCGGCCACAUCGUAGAAGGCGACAAGGUUCCCUCAGGAGGAUACGCAACACGCGUAACUCGCGCGCCGGUACCCCGAAGGAGGAAGUUCCAAUCCCGCCGAAAGAGAGCACUCCACCGGCCAGCGUCAAUCCGAAAGAGCCGAUCUCGGAGCCGGAGACUGUGCCGGUCGGUACGCCGGCCAGCAAUAAUCCCGGUGGUGAAAUCAGUUCCGUAACGGAGGACGAUAACUCGGAGGAGGACAGCGAUUCCAGGGAUACGAACACGAACGGUGCUACUCACUCGUGUCAGCAUUGUUUCUCAACCAACUCGAAGGAUUAUCAAGUAGCCGGCAAGGACAGGUUGUUGCUCUGUACGGAAUGCAGAACGCAUUUGAAGAAGACCGGAGAACUUCCGCCAGCGCCGCCUUAUCUAUUCCGGCCUGUGCCCGCGGAAUCGCCAGAUAGCCCAGGGAGAAUGCGUACAAGAAACAAGGCCAAGGAAACGCCUAGACCCGCGAGACCACGACGUACAGGUGGAACGGACACACCAGAUCAAGAGAAGCAGCAACAGCAUCAACACCAGCAGCAGCAGCAGCAGCAGCAGCAGAACCAACAUCAACAGACACCGGACAAGACCAAAAAGAAGUCUUCCGGUAAAUCGGAAACGCCGAAGAAAGGUCAGAAGCGACCGCAGACAGACGAAGUCGACGAGGACAAGGAGUCCCAGAAGCGUAAACGUCACGGUGAACGCCCCGAGAGUCCCUCGGAGUCUACGACCGACAGUAACUCUCUCAUGGACGAACCUGAGCGGGAAGGGGAAGGUGAUACGAACGAGAAUCAACCGACUCCAGUCGCGGUGCCGAACGAAGAGCCCGCGAGCCCGACUGUGACUACGCCGGAAGAGGCUUCGGAACCCACGCCAAUCUCCACGCCCGUGCCGACACCGAUACAAACCUUGCCGAUCUCCGUUCCCGUUAUUCACACGUUGGAUAAGAAACCGACUUUGCUGGAGGAAUCGGUGGAAACCAAGGAUCAAAUAGAAGAUGUUCCUGUAACUAUGAAUCAGCCAUUAAAGUUGGAACCAAUAAUGCCGAUAGAACAAGCUAUGUCUCCAGCUAUGUCGAACGAGGACACGAAGGAGCCUGACCCACAGCAACAACAGCAGCAACAACAGCAACAGUUGAACUUGACCACGUCGCAGUCGUUGAACGAUAUGAACGUGCCACGAAAUCUCUCUCAGUCGAUGCAAAACAGUGGUAUCUGCCCUACGUCCGGGUCGCAGAGUAUGCAAAAUUCUCAGAUGGUAUCUCCGACACAUCAACACCAAGGGUUGCCGCUGAACAUGCAGUACGGAUCGAACGUUCCUCCAGUUCAAAACGUGCCUCAGAACUUAUCGCAGACCAUACAAAUGCCUCCGAGUAUGCCGCAGAACAUGUCGAACGCGCCAAACAUGGGACCAACGCAGAAUAUUCGCGCGCACGGUGAAAAUCUGUCGAGCGCGCAGAAUAUUCCCCAAAGCAUACCGGGACCACCGUUGAACUUGAAUAUUUCUCAAAGUAUACCGACAAACAUGACCCAGCAGAUGCCUCAGAUGCCGAGUUCCCCGCAACCGCUCGGUUUAACAGUCAUGUCCUCCGAGAAUAGAAUGUCCGAGCGAAUGUCGGACGACAGACUACCUCCGGAAAGAACGAGGGACGGCAGAAUACCGGAAAGGAUAGCCGAACGAUCGGAGAACAGUAGCGAGCCCAGCGAGAGGAACGAAUCGAACAAUCUGUUUCAACCUAUCCAACCGAUUCAACCCAGCGGAAUUUUACCCAUGGAGAAGCCAAGUUCCAUGUAUAAUCUAGCUGGCACACCGCCGAUGGAGCCACAAAACUUGAAAAUCAAGCAAGAGAUCAUCCCUCCCGAACCGGAUCCGCUUCAGAGUUUGAAAGAGGUGAAAGUUCCUGGUUUUCAAUCCGGUUUUCCUGGUCCGAGCUUGGAGAACAUCAAGAAAGACCCGGAUAGCUCGAGCAAACCACCGACGCCGAGCAAACAUUCUAUACCGAGCAACCAGCCGGUGGCUCAGAUACAAUCUGUCGCCGCGUCUCCGACGCCGACGCUUCCGCCGCCUCCCACGUCCAUUCCCCAGCCGGUGAUGCAUCCGGCUCAGCAACCGAGCCCUCACAUGGCUCAUCCGUUCCAUCCGCACCAUCCGUUGAUGCAUCAUUCGUUAUUCACCGCGAUGCAUCCGUACCACCCUCACGCUUAUCCCGGCUACGCUCCCGUCGGAGCGUAUCCCUCGUUUCCACCGUAUCCGUAUGGCCCGGUCCCUCACGCAAUACCACCACCGUCUCCGCAAUCGAGAAGCCAAGAGAGUACGACGAUGAUGACGGCGCAUCAUUCGAGCACUAGCACCAGCGUGACCACACGAGAGGAAGGCGAGAAUCUGAUCGCGACGCAUCAUCACUCCUCGACGAUGCAUCAGGCUACGGCAUUGCAUCACGACAAGCUGCUGACCAUAUCUUCCCACAGCUCUCACAGUCACUCGUCCUCGCAGCACAGCUCGCACAAUACUCAACGCAAGCCGUCGCUGGUUUCGGCCACGUGUCUCACAUCGAGCAGUUCGCAUCAUCACGGCCACAGGCAGCCUCAACAGCAGCAGCAGCAGCAGCAGGUGCAGCCUUCGAUAGCCGCGGAACCGAAAAUAGAACCUGAUCUGGUGGAACAGGAGCAGGAGGAGACACCGAGCCCUCGGGGUCCAUCCCCGGAGCCAAGAAUCGAGGAUUCCGAGUGUCACAGGUCUCAGUCCGCUAUCUUUUUGCGACACUGGAAUCGCGGCGAGAACAACUCUUGCACCAGAACGGAUCUGAUGUUUAAACCCGUCCCGGACUCGAAGCUGGCCAGGAAACGGGAGGAGAGGUCGAGGAAACAGGCGGAAAGGGAGCGGGAAGAACGCGACAGAGCCGCCGCGGCGGCCCAGCAAGCCAGGAAAAUGACCACUCCGGAGAAACAACCGGAAGCGUGCAAGCCUCCCAGCAGGGGUCCUCUCGAGCCCGUCGUAUCACCUUACGAUAGGUAUGCCGCGAGACCGGGAUCCUACACCGAUACGCCGGCUCUAAGGCAGCUGUCCGAGUACGCUCGACCACAUGCCGCGUUCUCGCCGGCUAGGCAUCCCGCGCCACCGCCCGAUCCGAUGUUGCAUUACAUGUACACGCCGACCGCUCGAGAACGCUUGGAGUUGGAGCAUUUGGAGCGCGAGAAGAGGGAACGGGAGAUUCGGGAGCUGCGCGAGCGAGAGCUGAACGAUCGGUUGAAAGAGGAACUUCUGAAGGGGACGCCGAGGCCGAUGCCUGCGCCAGUAGACCCCCAUUGGCUCGAGAUACAUCGUCGUUACGCUGCAGCUGGACUUGCACCGGGACCUUCAGGACCUCCUCAAGCACUACAUCAAUUCGGUCUUUACGGAGCGCCACCGGGACCCAGUCAGUUGGAACGGGAACGUUUAGAAAGACUAGGGAUACCGACUGCAGCCGGCGGGGGGCCAGCGGGUGCAGGAGCUGGCCAUCCCGUGGCGGCUCAUCACCACGGCCAGCUGGACGAGCGACUGGCUCUAGCUGCUGACCCGAUGGUCCGGUUGCAGAUGGCUGGCAUUUCGCCCGAGUAUCAUGCUCACACUCACGCGCAUACGCAUGCGCAUACGCACUUACACUUACAUCCGGGACAGCAGCAGGCCCAGCAACAGGCUCAGCAACAGCAGGAAGCGGCUGCGGCUGCAGCUGGAUUCCCCCUGCCUGCCGCAGCUGGUGCAAAUUAUCCGCGACCAGGCUUAAUGCCGCGUGACCCAGGCCUGGCUCUUCAUCCCGCGGAACUUCUCGGAAGACCGUACGCGGACAUGGCAGCGCAUCACGAGCAGUUGCAACGUCACUUGAUGAUGGAACGCGACCGAUUCCCUCCGCACGCGUCGCUCGUCGCACACCACGAGGAGUAUUUAAGACAACAGCGCGAACGUGAGCUAAAAGUUCGCGCACUGGAAGAAGCGGCACGUGGAUCACGACCUUAAGUGUAUUUAUAUAUAUAGAAUUCUAAUGAUUAUCAUUCGUGAUUAGGAAACUCGCGGCGGUGACUGAAACACGAUGUAGACGAAACGAACCAAACACAGGGGGGGUUGAGGAGAUAGUGUGUGAGAGAGAGGCAUCGUGCUUUUAAAUUAGGAGUGGUAUAAGGAUAUUAUAAAAAAAGAAAGGAUCUUCUCGAGAUCGCUGACCUUACGUUUAAGAUCGGAAUUUAUUUUUGCGGUUUUCCGUUAGAACUAAGCGAUUAAAACGAGAGAACGAGAGAGAGAGAGAGAGUGUGAGUAAAUGAAGAACGUAAGAAUUGUUACGAAACGUAACUUUUUAGUGUAAAUACGACAAUUUGAAAUAUACUGCUAGAUUCAACUAGCAUGAUAGAUUGAAGUUUUUAUAUAAUAUAUAUACAUAUAUAUGUUAUAGCAACCGCUUGACAUGUAAAUUUGUUUGAAAUCUCUAUAUAUAUUAUAUAUGUAUAUUACUAUGACAUUAACUCAAUGCUCAAACGAAAUUAGUUUCGUUUGAUUUUUAUUUGUCGUUUUCACAGCGGUGAUAAUACCAAAGUGUUCAGAAAAGAAAUAUGGUUCACCGUUCGUCCUCGAGCAUUCCCUUUCUGUUUCUUUCGUUUGGUCCUUUCGUGAUUUUGCGCUAAGAAGCAAACCGUUUCGUCGUUCACCCGUUUCCUUUCACGAUUAAUUAUGAUACCUACCGACGAGCCCACGAAUCCUGCACGUGCGUCCUUAAGACGAAUGAUCAUUUUAUAAUCAUUAUUAGAAUAAUCUUCCCGAAAACGCGCUAUACAUCCGCAAUUUCGUGAGUGAUCUACGGACAGUUCUUCUCUCGUAGACUAUUUCCGUGUUCUUAGCGUAUCGUAGAGUGUAACUUAAAUUUGAAAAUGAUUAUUGUAAUUUCUCUCUGUUGGGCACAUUUGUAUAUUUUCUAUAUGUAUCCCUUUAAGAUUUUAUCUUGGAAGACCAGACGAGCAUUUGAUACCUACAUAGUUCGAUGCAAAUGGCUGACUAGGAAUUUAAAAAGGACAAAAAUAUUGUAAGAAAGUGACCAAAGUCUAAGAGAGAAUGUGCAUAGAGAAAAGACGCGUACAAACGAACGUAUCAUUUUCCCACGAUCGUGCGUUCCGUAGAGUUUGCUGAAAUGAACCCUGUAUAUGAAGUACGGGCACCGAAAAUUAGUGCGUAAACGUUUCUCCGAUGAAGGAAAAGCAAGUGCUAUUUAAAAAAACAAAAAAAAAAAAACAAAAAGAUGAUAGCGAUCUUCUAUUCUUGACGAUCAGUCGAGCAUGUAAAUUUUUCGCUAAAUAAUUAAUUCGAUGUAAUCUAAUUAUUUAAUUAAGUAAAAUGUUUCAUAGGAAGUUGCACUUUCGUCAUAUCUUUUAUAUCUUUCUUUCGUUUAGAUGGAUUCUCCAGGCUCCGGACAAUCCGUUCACCCGAUCUUAUCGAAUGCGGUGAACGCUAAACGAAUUAGUGGGGAAGUACGACGGGCUCAGAAGCUGUCAUCGCGUCAGGCUAAUUAGUUUUACACAUGGUACCUAUUUGUUUUCCUCGCUCUUUCCACUACCGAUCGUCGGCUUGUUUUUAUUGAGUGUAAUGCGAAACCCAGCUUCCCAGCCCCACUUUACACGAGAGUGUGGGAGUCCCAUCCAUUCACGCGCGACACUUGUAUCUCUCGCGUUUGUAAGAGGAAGCGAGUAUCGCGUUGCAAGUCAUCGCGAGCUCAUUCGUUGAAAUACAAGAAACCUUUAAUAAACGUACGUCAACGAAAGAACGGAUCUAAUAGGAUCUGUAAUUUAUUUAUUCGUUUUUGUAAAUUAUUAUUUUAGUACGUAGCGAAUGAUUCGUUAUUCUUCCUAGUGAUCAUCGGAUACACGUGUGUAGUGGAGGGGGGAGGGAGAGGGGUGUUAAAAACAACAAAAAGAUGAGGGAAGUGGGAAUCCUAGAGGAAAGUAAGGAAGUGCUCUGCUCCCGACGCUCGACGCUGCGUGCAGCUAUUCAGAAAUGAGCAGUUACCGCGAACGGACUUGGCGCAGUUUCGUUAACCGAUUUGUUGAUAACGGAAUGGCUGCACGAAAGAAGGAGGAAACGGGAACGUCGAAGCAACGUUAUCAAGCGAACGCGCGUGAAAGGGAUCGCACUCAUAGUUUAACCGACGAGGACGACGACGACGGCUGUAGUUACGAGCCGAAUCGUUGGACCGAUUCACAGAGAAGACCGCAAGUUUGCACAUUUUGUCUUGCCAUGCAUAAAAAAUUCGACAUGAAUGUAUCCAAAGAGAUGAUUUCGAAGUACUAGCUGGGCAUUGUAAGAAUUUGGUUGAAUCGUCCUUCGACUCGAACCAUGUUUGUAAAGCUUAUUGUCUUAUUGUGUACAUAGAACUGAAUGGUAUAUGUACCUUUUUUAUGUACAUACAUACGUAAGACGUAAAUACGUACACACACGUAUAAGCGUUA